UCACGAUGAUGGCAGAAGCAACCACGCCAAUGGCGCCCUUGCCCAGCCUGGCAGAGCCUGGCAGAGCCUGCUCGUUCAGCCGCGUCUGAUAGAAGCUUCUCUGCAAAACCGUAGUUGGUUCUAAGAUCAGGGUGGAGUAGAGCAAUUGCAGGACCGGACGAAGCAUGGAAGCAGUUUGCCCCAAUUGAGUCCUCACCAAGAGGUUUCGGGGAUCAGCCAUGCGGUGCAUCUUGCCUCAGGCCUUGUGGCCAGAGGCUCCCCCUGAGCACGCCGUCACGUGUGUUCUUGCAUCGUCUGGAUGGCGUUCCAUUUGGACGGGGGCUGCUGAUGGUGGCAUUCUGAAUUGGCGGGUGGAAGGAGAGGUGCUUGAUCUAAACGAGGGGCCAAAUGAUGGACAUGCACAGAAGUCUCUCUGGCCAGUGGCAAUGCUCUGCGGCCACUCCGCGGCCAUCUCAGCCCUGGCAAUCUGCCAACCUUCGGACGGUUCCGACAGCGCCGGCACAGACACCCGCCCCCCGCGCCGGAGCUCAGUCAAACAGGUCACCUUCCUUGACACCAGCGGUCGGCGCAUCAGCGCCGCCAGCAGCAAUGUCAGCCGCCGCACCAGUGCAGAGUCUGCAGAUCUCUCUGACCGUCCUUCUUCAGAAAAAAAAUCAUUCCUAUCGGACGCCAGCAACAGGAGCCUCGAAAUGGGGGCUCUCGAUUCCGGCGGACCGUCCUCAUCUCCAAUGGCAGCUUAUGAGGAGGCCGAACGCCUAGAGCAGCGCCGGAGGUCUAGCAUCGAGAGCGAAACGUCGGGGGGCCUGGGGGGCGACGACGAGGCUCUGCUAAGCUUGUGUGUAGACGGCACACUGUGCGUGUGGGACAUCGGGACUGGCCGCUGCCGACGGAGGCGGCGCCUCCCCCCCUGGGCGGGGGUCCCCGAAGCGUCUGCCGUGCUUGGCAAGGAACGGCGCUACGUGUCGGUUGCUUGCGAGGGGGCGUCAGGGCUGGGCCUGGGGGGCAUCGCGCCAACGGGGGCCUCUGCUUCGCAAAGGGGGGGGUCCGGCAGGGGGGUGGUUUUGAUUGUAGACACGGCGACACUAGCCGUGGUGCAAACGGUGGCACACGGAGUGCUGGGAAUCGGCCCUGUGAAGUCAUUGGUGGCCGCCCUCGAUUACGAAACGGCGGCGUGCCACACCUUGGUGGCGGCGGACGCGCGCGGGGGGGUCCAGGUGUGGUGGGGUAUUGCAGGAGGGGCCGGUCGGAAAGAGCCGCAGGCUAAGAGCCCGAAAGCAGACGCAGGCAAGCAGAAAGCUGAAUCGAAACAGGAGGACGGUGAUCUCACAGGGGGAGGGGAUUCACAACCUGGUGUCUCGGCUGCCGUGUCGCCUGACGGAAGGUUAGUGGCCGUGGUGGGACAAAACUUCUGGGAGGUGAGAUUGGUCGAGGGGGCAAAGGUCCUGGCUCGGGAGACGAGGGACGGCGGCUCUGCCUGGCAAGGUGCGCUCUUCUUGCGUCAAGGGGAAAGCUCCGCCUCCGCGGAUCGGCUCCUUCUGUGGGACGAAGCGGGAGGCGCAGUCGUCUACGACAUCUCUAGCCUUCAAGUCGGGCUUCUUUCCACCGACUCUCAUCCAGACUCGGCCCCAAACGGGAAAGAACUGAAUCCGGCGAGCCUGUCCGCGGUGGCGAGCAUCCCGCAGGCGACGACGGAGGAUGAUGUCAGCAGCUGCCGGUUCUGCCAGGUGGCGGGCAGGGUCGUCGCCCGGGUGACGGUUGGCCCUACGGUUGUAGAGGGGGGAUGGGGCGCAAACCCGAGCGUUACCCUGUGGAAGCUGCCUCCGCUUUCUUCGGGGGCCUUGGAAAAGCAGGGAAGUCAACCCCCUGCAGCGGAACUUGUGGAGGAAGCGCGUCUAGCAGACGGGUGGGCAUAUUCAGAACCGGGGGGGCUCCUUCGAGAGGGCAGCAGUUUGUUGGUCGGAAAGUCGGAUCCUUCAUCCGAACCAGUUCAAGCACCAGAAAAAGAUGCGGGAACAUUCGAACAGGCGUCGACGCCACCAGUGACUUCCUCCCUUUUGAUUGGGGGCGGCGCGUUCUCCCCCACGUGCCUGGUCAGGGGCUACGCGGACGGGCUGAUCAGAAUCUUUUCGCUGGUAGCGAGCCCCCCUGGAACGCUUCAGGGGGGUAGAGAAUCAAACCAGGGGGUGCUCAGUCUAGAGGGCCACGGGGCAGCCGUCCUUUGCCUGGCCGAGCAAAAGGCCCCCCCAUCUCUAAAUGUGGGGCAUGGCCGGGUGCUACUUUCGGGGAGCCUCGACUGGACGGUGCGCGCGUGGGACGUCUCCAGGGCGGGCGCUGCGCUCGCGGUUUUCCGCCAGCAUGUCGGGCCGGUCCGUGCCCUGCUGCUCCCCCCCGCCGGCACCCCCUCUCCCUGGGCCUCUUCCUUCUGCACCGUCUCUGAUGACGCCACUGUAGCGCUCUCGUCCCUCGAAACCCUGCGCUGCGAGCGCAUCUUUCCCGGCCACGUGGCACCCCCCCGCGCCUGCGUUUGGGACGGCAAGCGCGGCUACCUCGCCUGCCUCUGCUGCCCGGACUCUAGCGGAACUCAUGACGUGCUGUACAUCUGGGACCUCCAUUCCGGGAGCCGGGACCGGCACCUCCGUGGCUCGGCCGCGCAUUCGCUUUUCUCGUUCCUCGGCACGCGGGUGCGGGCGGGUUCGGGAAUAAGCGUCACGACGAUCGGGGCAAACUCGGGGGCAGGUUCCGCGAUGGGGGGAAACACGACGGCAGCGCUCGCGAUUCCGACUGCGGAGGUGAUUGCGGUCAGUCCCCCGGGGGGGUCCGCGCCGCCGGCGGUGUCAAGCGGGGCCAGUGGCGCUGCCCAGGGAUCGACUGGCACCGGGCUCACGUCGCUGGGCAGUGCGUCGAAUCUGACGGCGCUCUUCACCGGCGGAGGCAAGGACGACGCUCCCGGCUUGAAGACCGCGUUCUCGAACCUGGUGUCGAAGGCGGGGGAUCGGGGGGGCGGCGGUGACGUCAGCGGGGGGCCCAAACCGCGCGUGAAAGAGGGGGCGAACGUGGCAGACGUGCGGACCCCCCAGCAGCCGAUCCGGGGCACGUGCCCCCUCCCGGGGGUCGCCGCUCUACAGUACGAUCUUAUGAUGCUCAUGGCCCCCGAACUGGCGGGCAUCUCUUCGGACCUCGGCACCCCCGGCCCCUCGCCCAAACCUUCCGACGGCGCCAAGCCCCAGACCCCCGGCAAGGGGGGCUUGUCGGCCGCCCUGGCAGAACAAAAAGCGACGGACGAGAACAAGCUGUGGUCGGUCGAGGGGAGUGCGCUGCGCAUGUCGCUCGCGUUCCUGCACCUUUGGGGGGUGUCCCCCGACCUGGAUCAACAGCUGAAAGACGUGCUCGGGGUGACCCCCCCGGGAGAAGAUUUGCGUAUCGGGCCGGGGCUGAUGGGCGACAAGGGGGCGAUGACGCUGCUGUUCCCGGCCCCCCGCAGCCGGCACGAGUUCUGGCGCGCGAGCCCCGAGUUCUCGGCGGUGCGCGCGCUCACGAUGGUCGCGCUCGCGCAGCGGCUCAUGCUGCUGUCCAAGAACGCGCGCGGGGCGUGCAGCAUGCUUGCGGCCCAGUACAGCCGCGGCCUGGUGGAGAAGCUGCGCGGGAUGGCCCCCCCGUCGCUGGAGGUGUUUGCGUGCUUCUGGCAGGACUCGUGCGAGCACCUGCGCCAGGCGGCGCGCUCGCUCUUCCACAACGCCGCCCUCCGCGCGCUGCCGGACCUCCUGCGGGGACCGCCGUCAAGGCCUGGCACGCCCCGAGAAGAUUUCCCGGGCAAGGGCGAGUGGGGCGUUGAGCGGUGGGAGGGCACCCGGGCGGAUGUGGUCGGAUGGCUGGAGUCGGAGGACGGGCACGACUGGGCGAGCGUGAUCGGGGGAUCCCGCCAGGACGCAAAGGCGGCCCGCGUGGUCGUGGCGGCUGCUCUGUCCGUCUGGUACCCUUCUCUAGUUCGCCCCGACCUCCCCGCCAUCGUCGCCCCCUACCUCCUUCAGCUGCUGACGUCAGCCGACGUCGGCGCGGGCCGCCACUCCGCCACCGCCGCCGAGGUCCUCGCGGAGGGGAUGGUCGCCACGUGGCAGCCCCUCCUUGGCUCGCUGAACCAGCUCGUGUCGCAAGUCCUUGGCAUGACGGAGCGCCUGAGCGGAGCGAAAGCGAAGUCGGAAACCCCCAAAACCCCAUCGGGAGAAGGCGGGAUCUCUCCCGCCGUCGCGAUGGUGGUGCGCGAGAGUCUGGCGAGCAAUUUGCUGCCGGCGCUGGCUGCGGCAGACCUACCGGGAUUUCUGCAGGUCGUAAGGCACCAGUGCGACACGGUGUCCCCCGAGUCGCCCGCGCACCUGACCGCGCUUAUGGCGCUCAUCCGCGCGGUGCGCGCCAACUCGCGCGUGCUCGUGCCCCACCUGAGCCAGCUCGUCGCGGUCGUCGUCCACGUCAUCGAUCCCGCGCUGCCCGCACUCCGCAAAGUCUGCCUCCAGACUGCGAUGGCGGUGCUACUGGAGCUGGUGAGAAUAUACCCCAUGGUCGCCUACCACCAGGAGAGCAUGCGGCUCGCGGUGGGCGACCCCAUCGGGGAUGCCAACGCGCUCAAGAUCGACGUGUACGAUCUUCAAAAUGCAUUCAAGAUGCGCGUCCUCGACGCGAGCGGCGGGCCCGCGACGCACAACGGCGUCAACGCCACGCUCUCGCACGUCCUCUCCAAAGCCGAGGGCGCCGCCGCGACCACGUACGGCAGCAUCGCGGCCGUCUGUUUCUCAUCGGACGGCGAGGGCGUGGUCGCCUAUUCCCGCCCGAAUUCCGCGCUGCGGUGGUGGAACCUCGGCGCCGCUUGGUGGGCGAACAUGCGCCGAACCAGCACGCUCGUGCAGUGCAGUAAAAUGGUGGUGCUUCCGCCUUUGCCGGGUCUGGGCUCGUCAGGACUUGAGCCAAAAUUGGGCGCGAGAACUGGGGAAAUGAGCCGGAGUCGGAGAACGUCAAUAGAGUAUCUGAGUGCGGUGACGCAGGGGCUGGAUCUGAGCCUGCGGCUGGAACCCAAGCAGGAUCGGACGGUGACGCUUUAUAGGAACAACGCCGAGAUUGGGACGUUUACCAUUUGAAUUGCUGUGGCGCGAAUGGUCAGCGUAUCGUCCGGAGCAGGUUGCUUUUUUCCAGCCUGCUUGAGGUUAUCCUAUCAAAGUUCCUGAUCCAGGUCAAGAUCUUAUCUGCUCACAUAUGCGGCCAUUGAUAUAUCACAAUACCAG